CAAACGUCUGUGCACUAGUGAAAAUAGAACUUAAGAAUUAAGCAGUGAAAAUAUAAAAAUCUAUUUAAAAAAUAUUUACCUACAUUAUGAUAAAUCGAUAUGAAAAAAAAGUGUAGGUACAUUUUUGAAAAAAAAUAGUAGUUGAUCUUUUAACAAAAAAAGCACUUAAUAAGAUAUUUUUUUUUAUUUUUCCUUUCAAACAAACGACUUUAGUAGUAAUAAAAAUUAAGCGGAAUUUCAAAGCUCUAAGUACUUGACUACUGUUAAUUUCAUAGUGAUUUGAUAUUUCUAAAUAAAAAUAUAAGUUAAGUACAGUACAAACAAAUCGAAGACAGUGAAAAAAGUAUUCGCAACUUGGAGCUAAAAAGAAAAAUAGUAGGUCUACGAAAAAAAGAAGAAAAUGGCAGUAAAAUCCGCUGUUAAAGAAACUGGGAAUGAGAAAUGUUCUGCAGCCACACUGGACGACGCCAUGUUGCUUACAGGCUUCGGCGCCUACAACAUAUUGCACAUGCUGAUGUGCGGCGUGAUUCUCAUGGGGGUGAUCAUGCAAAGCCUGGCACUGGGCUACGUGAUGCCGGCAGCGCAGUGCGACCUGGAGCUCACGCUGCAGCAGCGAGGGUGGCUUGCGGCGAUUCCAUUCUUAGCGAUCAUCCUGACGUCUGUAUUCUGGGGCUACUUGGCGGACACGCGCGGCCGCCGCCAGGUCAUGGUGGUUUCCAUGGUGCUUUCUGCCGUCUUCUCGGUCUUUGCGAGCUUCGCACCAGACUUGACAUCCUUCGCCGUGCUGCAAUUUAUUUCAUCUAUAUUCGUUUCUGGACCAUCGGCGGUCGCGUACACAUAUCUGGGGGAAUUCAACAACCUCCGCCACCGAGAUAAGAUGGUGGCUUUCGGGUCGUCUUUCGUAGGAAUCGGAACUGUGGUUUUACCAGCUGUCAGCUGGUUAAUCCUGCCCAUGGAAUUCUUCUAUCCCAUACCUAUACUGGGCAUCGCGUACCGUCCAUGGCGGCUGAUGGUGGUGGCUUGUGCACUUCCGUAUGUCCUCGGUGCUGUGCUCCUUCUGUUCUCCCCAGAGAGCCCUAAGUUCCUCAACGCAGCUGGCAAGCUCGACGAAUGCUUAGAGGUCGUCAAAAAGAUAUAUUCUAUCAACCAAAGGAUGCCAAAAGAUAGCUUUGAGGUAAAAUCCUUGAUAGGAGACAACAUUAACAGUAAGACUGAAAAACAACAAGGCUUGCGAACACUGCUGAAGUCCAUUUGCGAUCAGACGGUUCCGCUUUUCAAGAAGCCCCUACUGCCCUGGACUUGCCUCACGUGUUUUGUGCAGUUCGGGAUAUUUGCCACAACGAAUGGCUUUUACGUGUGGUUUCCUACUGUCCUGAACUCGCUGGCUAACCACAAUGGGGGCGAAUCGAGUAUCUGCGAUAUCCUUGACGCUACCAGAGUACGUGAAAAUGCCACUAUGUUCGAAUGCAACGACACAAUAAACACGGAAACCUUUGAGCGAUCCAUCUACAUUGGCCUUGUGUUCUCGUCCAUGUACAUCCUGGUGGGGUUCCUAGUAGACCUGAUGGGCAAGAAGGCGAUCCUGGUGGUGGUGCUGUUAGCCACCGGCUGCAGUGGUAUCGGAGCUCAUCUUGUAAACAGCUCGGAAAUUGGAGUCAUCAUGUUCGCCAUCUUUCAAAUGGCGGGUGCUUGCAUAGGACUGAUGAACUCGGUGGCUGUGGAUCUGUUCCCUACUAAAUAUAGAGCCAUGGCAAUAUGUCUGUCCAUGAUGAUGGGUCGCGUCGGUUCGAUGGCGGGCUCCAACCUCAUCGGCGUGUUCCUGCAGACAAACUGCGGCCUCAGUUUCUAUCUGUUCGGAGGAAUCAUUAUCGUGAACUCCCUGUUCUGUCUGAGCCUGCCCGGCAAGAAGUCGAACAAGCCAACCAACGACGUACCAGUGGAGCCAGCGCAAAACGAAACACACGAGCCUGUAUGAAAGGCACACGAAGCACCACCGAUGACGCCGCAAUAUCACCCAGAAGAAGAAAGAGAGAGAAUUAAAACAGAGAUAAAAAUUAAAUCGAUAAUAAUUAUAUCCAAAUCAGUGCAGUGUAUACGCCAUACAUACUUAAUGUGUAAGAGUCGCCAUACACGGGCAACUUAAAGCAGU